AUGGUCUUGGUACUUGUUGUUGGCGACCUUCACGUGCCGCAGCGGGCGGCUGCAGUACCCGAAGCCUUCACUCAUAUGUUCACGCCGGGACGUAUCAACAUGGUGCUCAUCACCGGAAACGUCGGCUGCCGCGAGAUGUACGACUACUUCCGCACCAUAGCUCCCGACGUUUACUGUGCCAAGGGCGAGUUUGACAGCUGGAGUCAUAAUAAUUUCAAGGAAACACAUGUGAUUGAGGUGGAGGAGCUUAAGAUUGGUCUCAUCCAUGGUCACCAGAUCGUGCCCUGCGGUGACAAGGAUUCUCUCGCCAUUGUGCAGCGAAAGUUGGAUGUGGACGUGCUGGUGUCAGGUGCUACGCACCACUGCAAGACGUUCGAGUUUGACGGUCACCUCUUUAUUAAUCCGGGAUCCAUCACCGGUGCCUUCACACCGGUGCAGCCGGACGUUGUGCCCACAUUCGUGCUGCUUGACAUAAAGGACAAGACAGUCACCUCCUUCUCGUACGCGUACGCACCAGGUGAGGGUGUGGGCGGAGAGGAUCUCGCAAUCAAGCGGAAGACGUGGACGAAGGAAUAG